GACACGGGGUGGUAAUCAGAUUGCAAAACCAACCCGAGCAGUAGCGGGUUCAGGCAGAUGUUGGGGAUUAUAUCGAGGAAACAGCCAGAGGAAGUGGAUGAGGCAGGCGCAGUCGAUUACUUCAAAAAGCAGCUGGGAUGCGUUGAUGGAGUGAAAAGGCCAGAAGGGAAAUGGGCCCAUCACAGGAAAUUGUGACCAUCUCGGCGGGCACUGUGGUUGGCAUUGACUCGUUGGGCAGAACGCUCUGAAUUUGGACUCUAUUGCUCUUUGAGAUUGUCAGUAGAUGCGCCAGGUAUCAGCGGAGAGACAUAGACAUCGUGUGGAAGGUGUUGUUAAUGGGGAAUGCUUGGUCCCCAAGCCAACUGCUUCUCUGAUACAGGGGAUGAAGAUACUGUCAUAUUUGCAAAGUAAUCGUACUCUCUCUGACACACGGUCUGCUUGUUGUUUAAUUCACAACAUCACCAGCAGGUGGAGCUUUCCAGAACCGGGACCAGGAUGUAAACAAGACGGCGACGAUCAACAAUCGUCAGUCAGAAUCAGAAUGGACAAAGUUGGGAAAUUGAAACGAGCAGCGAUAGGACUGAAGAGGAUUUUAUCAGGCGGAUCAUCGAGGGAAGAUGAUCGGGACACGGGAAGCAAGGUACCAAAUCAGGGUCAGAUUAAGAGCAACGUCCCAAUGGAAAGUGGUCCCGCCGCAGAGGAGCAGGAGCAAAUUCAGCCCGGAGACAGUGACGUCAGCGACACCGAUCAGGACCCUGGAACCAGCACAAGUGAGGCGACCCCCUGUCAGCUCGGAAGCUCAUUGAACAUGGAAUUGUCAAGUGCCCAACAAGGAGCAGAGCCAGAGUUUACAAUCUCCGACCUCCUGGCAGAGGGGGAGGAAUACCGACUGUACCAACUGACAAAGUUCUACAGAGACAGACUCCAACAAGCGAUUGAAGAAAAGGUUGAGAGACUCGGUAUAAUGUUGACAGAGGCGGGACAUUUCAGUAGAGAAGAAAAUGAAAGCAAUGACCUAAGCCCAUCCAUAUUCAGUUGCAUCAUCAAUUACCUUAAUUCCAUUAUCGCUGUAUGUUGCUUGAAGAUUAUUCGACGUGUAAUUCAUAAUUCUUCAGUUAAUGAGGGAGCCCAAGCCCGCAUUCAGGAAGUGAUAACCAUUUUACAGCAUGAGUGCCAGGCAGUAACCAUCUUCAUCAUGAGACAGCCGCACUGA